AUGGCUCCUGUAAAAUCUGAGCCGGUUACGGAAAUGUCCGACUUCGAAAAGCAGCGCUUAGCCAACAUUGCAGAGCGCGAUGCGCUUCUCAAGAAGAUCAGUCUAGAAGCACAAUCCGCUGGUCUUCUAUCAAAGACGCCGGCGCCAAAGGUCGGACAAUCACAUAAGAAAAAAGCAGCCCCAAAGAUUGCCAAACGUGAGAAAGAUGCAGCGCCCGUUCCCCGCCGAUCCUCUGCUCGUCUCGCGGGUAUAACACCAGAUAGCGAGAUUGCGAAGCGGAAGGCCGAAGAAGCCUAUGAGGCAGAGAAAUUACAAAUGGAAGCCAAGAGAAGACGAGUGGCUGGUGAUUUGCGGAUGGAUGAAAUCGGAGUUAAAGGGAAAUGGGAGGCUCUCACUCUGGAUUCACUUGCUACCAGUGGACCAGCAAAGUAUGAGAGAACCUUUGGUGACGAGGACAUUAAGAAAACUACCAACAAAGACCUGAAGAUCAUGAGGGAAAAGAUGAGUGGGCUUAGUCUUUGGGAUGCCUGGGAGCCAAACAGGAUCAGAAUCACUUCGGAACGAAUUUUCACGAUGCUAUUUCAUCCAACUGAGUCUAAACCCUUAAUAUUUGCAGGGGAUAAGGUUGGGAAUUUGGGUAUUCUCGAUGCUUCACAGGAUAUUCCAGGGGAUGACGAGGAAGAAGAUCCAGUAAUCACAAUGAUUAAACCUCAUAGUCGGCCAAUAGCCGCUAUGCACAUACAUUCUUCCACCCCGUCCAAGCUUUACACCGCCAGCUAUGAUAGCUCAAUCCGGCAACUGGAUUUGGAAAAGUCCGUGACCACCGAGGCUUAUGUCGCUGAUGAUUCCGGCCUGUCUGGCGUUGAUAUGUCACCUGAGGAUUCUCAUACUCUUUACUUCUCAACAUUAAAUGGGGUUGUUGGCCGUUAUGAUACCCGAAAAAAUGCGACUAAACGUGAUGGUUCCACUAACGAUGAUGAAAGUUACAGUGCGGACGAAUGGCAGCUAGCUGACAACAAAAUUGGUGGCUUUUCUGUCUGUCCCACCAAGCCCCAGUACAUCGCAACAGCCUCUUUAGACCGAACUAUGAAAGUUUGGGAUCUUAGAUUUUUGUCUAAAAAAACUCCUAGGGCUGUCGCGGAACACAUAAGUGCACUCUCGGUUUCUCAUGCGGCGUUCAACAGUGUAGGCCAGAUAGCAACCUCAUCCUAUGACAAUACUCUCAAGCUCUACAAUUUUGGAGCCUUCGACAUAAAAUCUCGAAAAUCCACUGAAACUUUAACAAUCGAACCUGAUGCCAUGAUUGAUCAUAAUUGUCAGACUGGGAAAUGGGUCACGAUCCUCCGACCACAAUGGCAAGCUGCGCCCCAGUCAUCCGUUCAACGUUUUUGUAUAGCCAAUAUGAACCGUUUUGUCGAUAUUUAUACUGCCAAGGGUGAACAGUUGGCUCAACUCGGAGGUGAGGGCAUUACAGCUGUUCCGGCUGUUUCCGUCUUCCAUCCCACUAAAGAUUGGGUGGUAGGAGGUACGAGGAGUGGGAAAGUGUGCCUAUGGAUGUGA